AUGGAUCAAAUGAAAAAUAAAACGAAGAAAUCGAAAAAUGGUUACAGAUGGCACCAAGAGGUGAUCCGGCAAUGCAUAAUUCUACAAGCUAGAAGUCCGGGAGCUUACGAAUGCCUUCGCAAAUCCGGGAUGGUCAUCCUUCCUUCCCCUAAAACACUUCGAAGCUACCUCGGCUCAUCGACAAUGGAUGUUGGUGUUACAGACAUCGUCAAGGAAGCAAUGAAAGCCAAAAUUGAAGAGCUGGGAGGCGGACUUGGGAUACAUGUGAACAUCGCCUUGGAUGAAGUGGCAAUUAAACCAAAUGAGACCUACGUUAAACAUGCCGACAAGCUUGUGGGCCACGUCGACAUGGCCGGCAUCGUUGAAGCUAAGGAUAAAGAGAAGCUAGCUAAUAAAUUGCUUACGUUUGCAAUUAAUGGCCUUGCCAACUCUUUCUGUAUCAUCGUUGGAUAUUUUCUAGUCAACAAGAUGACAGCAGAAGAGCUGAGCAAGUUGACGCUACACUUCAUCAAAAGAUUACACUUCAAACAGAAACUCAUGGUGCUGAAAUUCGUGAAGAAACUAAGUAAAAGACACCUAGAGCCAACUACAAUUGAACGUCAAAACGUUCAAAGGGCAUUGGACAUAUUCAGCAGGCCUAUGGUAGCUGCGCUAGAAGCGCUACGCAGAAGACAUACAUCCGGAUUUAUGGGCUCGGAGGAAACUAUUUCGUUCAUGUGCAAGAUGAUAAAAUGGUUCGAAAUACACGACAUCUCGAACCUAACACAAGGGAAAUAUCAAAGGCUUCCAAAUAAAGCGCCUUUUUAUUCUAGCGCAGACGCGAGAGUCAAAUGGCUCCAAGACUUUUUGCAAUGGCUAAUCGACUGGAAAAAAUCUGUCAUCGACAAAGAACAUUUCCUCACUGCAGAAACAUUUGCAGCGAUUGAAAUUACAACGAAAUCAACGAUAGCAAAAAUUUCCUAUUUGCUGGAUACUGCCGGAUUUAAAUUCGUCCUGACUCGGAAAUUCAAUAGCGAUAACCUUGAGAGAAAGUUUAGCGCUUUGCGUCAGGCAAACGGAGGAAACUACAACAUGGAAGCGAAAGCGGCCAUUUACGGGGUAGAGAAAUUGCUGAGAACGGGAAUAACGUACUGUGCAAUUAAUUGCAACGUGUCCCUAACACGAGAAAAGCAGCAAAGAGCCAACAAAAAAUUCUUACGUGCAACUUCCGUGAAAGUCCCUAAGAAGAGAGCUCUCGACGUCCUCCUCCAACUUGAAGCCGAACAGCUUGCUGUGCUAGAUGAGUUGAAACGUCCAGCAGUUUACGGGACAGAUAGAGAAUGCGACGAUAAAUUGUCGACUGCAGUGACCGCUGGAUUUCUUCUACUAGUUCUUGAGGAACGCGAAAUAUGCGUAGAAUGCAAGGAAGGUCUUAGGCACACCAACAUCAACGACCCGGAAGCAGACGCUGUCAACACUUUGAAUGAGUGCCUAGAUCGUGGCGGACUGAAUAUACCUUCAAAGGAAUUUGUGGAAAGGAUGUGGACCAUUUACAGAUUUGUUGAAGGUUCCAUGACAAAAUUACUCAACACAAAAAAGAUUCGUGAAGAUCUUGUCACUUUUCUUGUGCCACACGUUUCUGGCUGUGCGACGUUUUGCUGUAAGCGUGGACAACAACUGCCUCCUUCACAUAAACAUAAUGGACGACUUGCAAUUCUGGUGUUGUGGAAGUUCAUAACUCCUAUGCUAAAUGCUUACGCAGCCACAGCAACAGAUUGUCAAACGAAGGCUCCCACUGUGUCAAAAAAUAAGAUUAACAACAGGAAAUACAAUACGCUAACAACAUAA